ACUGAUCUGUCAUUGAAAGAAUUGUAUUGGGGUCACCGGUGUUUGUUUUCAAUUAUAACUUACUAUAAAACUCUGAUCUUGUAAUAGACAUUGAAUUCGUAGUGGUGAUAAAUUUUGUGUGCUAGACACGGUCUAAAAUAAUUGCAAAAAUGAGUUACAACAACAAAGCAUACGCCGAAUCUUUUUCGCAAUACUUGCAGUCCAUGGUCAAAUUGGACGCCCUAGAGAGGAUGACUGAGGAUUUGGACAAAGAAUUGGCUGACUCGCAGACUAUAAUGACAGAGAUAAAAACAAUCUUUGAUAGUAUUCCAAAGGAGCAACAGAGGCGUGCUCACGAGAACAAUGAUUUGAGGCACGAAGACCUCUCCCAAUUCUUGGAGUCCGGCGUCCCGAAAUUGUUAUUGCCGGAUAUGACGGAGAACAGCGGUGAUGUGGACGUUGAUAAUAUCAUCGCUACCAUGAAGCGUUACGCAGAAGAUCUUCGUAAGAAUCUCACAGUUCAGGAGUGCAAUACGAAUUUUGUUAAGAAAGCCGUUGAGAAUUUAGAUCUAACACAAUACGCCACAAGUCUUGAACAGCUCAGCAAGAGUCUUGCUAAUGUUAAAAUCACAACUGAAGCUGUUAACAGAAACGCAGAAUUGGAGCAAAAGCUUACUGCACUUUGCCAAGAUGUAAAUAUGUUCACACAGAUGGUACAAGCAGAAGAAAAAUCGGGUGAGACAAACAAAAAUUGGAAGGGAGUAGCACUGGAUAACUCGGCACUGUCCUAUGAUGGCAUCAUAAAUAAGCUGCUCUCAGAUAUCAAUGAAGUGACUUAUUUGCUCAAGAACAAGAAUUAAAUUGCAUUUCAAUGGCUAGAGGAGUUCCAUUAUGUUGUCUGUGAUUAUUUCUACAAUUUAAGAAGAGAAAACACAUUGUUUUAUUAUGGCUCUUCUUCUUUGAGUUCAUAUGGGAAUGGAGUUAAUUCAUCAUCAGCUACAGUAUAUGUGAAUGAAGGGGCUGAUUAACUGCAUGACAGUAUUUACUAAACAAUUAUAUUUGCUCUUAUAACUAUAGAUCAGUUAAUAU